AUGCGGAUUGGCGGAGCGACGGAUCGAGUGUACAAUGAGUACAUAACCGCGGUGGGAGACGAUAUGAAGGGCUUGGCAGACGAGUUUAAGGCGUUGGGUCUGGCUACCAACAGCGUGCAGGUCCACACGGCGGUGGCCAUUCCGCGCACAAGAGGCGGAGAACUGGUGGCCAAAGGGACAUUUGUGAAGGCGUCGCCCCGAGAGAGGUGGUAUUCGGACGUUGCACUGCUCAAUGACAAGGGUGGGGACUGCUGCAACCUCACGGGAUGUACGCAGCUGCACAAGACAGUGGAGGAUGUGAGGUUCUCGGUGGUGGAGCUGAAAAGCCUGCAGAGAGUGGUGCACGUGUGCCCUUCGUACAGCAACAAAAAGGCCCUGCUUGCUACCGCACAUCCGGAUGACGUGUUCUGCUUCCACAAGAUUAAUUUUCUUCCCAGCCGGCUGCCGAAGUCCUACAUUCCGGAUAAGCGCAAUGUGGUGGAGCGUAUCGUCAGCGUCGGCAUCCUCUACAACGCGACGGGGAGUUGUUCCGCAGUGCCUCUUGUGGUGCUAGAGCCAUCCAAUAGGCCCCUGCGCCGGCGGGCGAGCGCCGCAUCGCGCAAGGUGGCCGUUAUGUAUACGAACCGCGGGAGGUUGACGCCGGAGGUGUUCACGGAGUUUGUGGAGACGGUCAACGGUGUGCACUUCAGCCGUGAUCGCAACACCAUCAUCCUCACCAUUCACAAUGCGCAUCGCAUCACAGGCGAGGUGGCGCCGGCCGUCUCGGAGCACGGCUUCAGUGUGCAGCACCUCACGAACACCAGAGUCGUCAACAUUCGUGGAUCGGUUCCGGAGACGGGCCUGCCGCACCUGCAGGGAGUGGGUGACACGCUGAAGGCGUAUUACCGCGUUAUGCUGAUGAGGCGUGCGAUAGGGUCCAAGCGGUUCCAGUUCGACUAUUCGGCUUCCAUCGCUUAUGUCGACUAUAACGACAUACUCGAGUGGCUGGGAGAAGCGUGGACUCGUGUUCGCGCGGCUACCAUGCAGCGGAGCUGGUGGCGCGCAGGAUGCGUGCCGGCGAGCUGGCCGCCCCUGAUGGCGUACCUGGGUGACACGUGCGCAACCGGCAUGUUCGAGCCUAUUAUUUCGGUAUGCGUUGAUUUGCAGUUGCUCAUCGAGAAGUUCAAGGUAAGGCCUGCGUGCUACAUGACGGCCUCGGAUUUUAUCAACUGCGACGCGGGAAAAUGCGUGGAACAGGGGUUCAGAGCCACACCUGAUGCCAGCGCGUCCGAUGACUCGUCGGGCGACAUGAGCCUGCCAGACGGCCCAUUGCUGCGGGACGAGCGCAGCAGGAGGCGCGUGAUACGCAACGUCACAAACGCGUACGUGGAGCGUGCCGAUGAGCUCGGCAUCCCCCCGGCAGCUGUGCCAGCAGAGGUUGGAGCAUCGAACCAGGAGGUGAUUUCCCGCCUAUGCAGGACGCCUGUCAAGAGGGCUCGCGCAGGGGGGCGAGCUGAGAACGGGACAGCCAAAGAAGUGCUGCAGAGUGAUGAAUUGCUGGAGAGUGAUGACGACCAGUGA